UCGAGGAGAGCAGCAGAAACAUAUCUCGCUGCCACUCAAUCCGCUGGCAAGCUCACACAACCAUCGCACCAUAAACCACCGCUGGCCGCGCCGUUGAGUGGUUGUGAGGCCGUGACAGCGGCAUUAGCUUGAGCCUAGUCCGGGCCGUGCAGCUCGUCUGCGUCUCGAAUUUAAGGUCGUAAUGGCUCUCCUGAUGGCGACCGCUCAGGCGGCCCCGUCGCUUCUCCUGGCACGGACUAGCCGAGAGCUCGACACGUCGUCGAGAAAUGUCUCCUCAGUGGCGGCUCGCACGAAGCGGCUCCACGUGGCAGCAUCCGCCUCCUUCCGCUCGUCCAAGUCACAGCCGCCGCGAGCAUUGCUGGAAGACCAGCAGCAGCAGCAGCAGGAGGUGCAGGGCGAGCGGGAGCUAUCCUCUCCCGUGAGUCGCAGGAGCGUGGCUCUCGGCGGUGCUGCCGCCGCUGCCUCCGCUCUCGUCGCCUCAAUCGCAGCCUCCGUGCUGGCCGCUGACGUGGCCCAGGCAAAUGAGUCGAACUUCGCCGACAUGCCUGCAUUGCGCGGCAAGGACUACGGCAAGAGCCGCAUGAAGUACCCCGACUACACCGAGACAGAGUCCGGCCUGCAGUACAAGGACUUGAGAGAGGGCUCAGGGCCAACCCCCCAACCAGGCGAACUUGCUGUGGUGGACUGGGCGGGGUUCACCAUCGGGUACUACGGGCGCAUCUUCGAGGCACGCAACAAGCCCAAGGGGGGCUCCUUUGAGGGCAAUGAGAAGGACUUCUUCCGCUUCCACGUGGGCAGAGACGAGGUCAUCCCGGCCUUUGAGGAGGCCGUUGCCUCGAUGAAGCUGGGAGGAGUGAGGAGGAUCGUGGUGCCUCCUGAGAUUGGGUACCCUGAUGGCAACUUCAACAAGCAAGGGCCCAAGCCUACUACCUUCUCCGGCCAGCGAGCACUGGAUUUCGUUCUCAAGAACCAGGGUCUUAUCGAUAAAACCCUCCUUUUUGACAUUGAGCUUCUGAAGAUCAUUCCCAGCUGAGACCAUCACGUAGUUGAGUGGAUUGGACUCCCUUAGUGAGGACAGCAUAAUUUUGCCUAUUGCACCCCAAGACCGUCAAAGGAAAUGCGUUCUCCGAGCUAAAUGGAUGAGAUUUGAACGUGUUGCUCUCACGUUGGGUCCAUAAAGAGGGCGUUGUAACUUGGAUUUGUGUAUAGCUUGGGAUGCAAAUCUAAUCAUUUGUAUAUGGUAAAACCAUAAGGCGUUAAUAUGUCAUAC